AUGGCGCCGGAGUUGGAGCAGACGAUCAAGGUCGCAUCCAGGAAAGACAUCAAAUCUGGCACCAUUAAACUGAAAAGACCCCCACCAAGGUACAGCAAACCUGGAAACUGGAGGGAUGGGAGUGUUGUGGAAGAUGACAAGAAGAAAAACGGCAGUUCUCCCUCGACCUCAGCCGAUGCAUCCCCGGGUCCUGUAGUGAACCAGCUAGAUGACACGGCGCGCGAAACUUUUGCGACAGGACGGCCGCUGGAGGACAGUCCUGAUUUACAACAGUGCAAGCACUGCAAGAAGAGCAUACUCAAGACCGCGGCCAAGGCGCAUAUUUCGCAAUGCUUGAAGUUGAAAAAGGAAAAGGCACAGAGGAAGAAAGAGGCGCGAGAGGCACGGGAGCGGGCCAAGGAGGCUGCCAGAGAGGAGCAAGCACGGAGGGCAGACGAGGACAACGGCGACGGGAAAGAUGAUGACACCGACACCGAUGAUAAGAAGGGAAGUGUUGGGAAUAAGAAGACGACUGGAAAGAAGGCGGAAGAUGACAAGAAGAUUAAGAAACGAAAAGCUGAGGGUGAGCCGGAAAAGGGGCCCAAGGCGAAGAAGAAGAAGGAUGAGCCCAAGGCCAAGGUCACGAAGCCAAAGGGGCCUGUCGACGUCGAGCGGCAGUGCGGCGUUAUUUUGCCCAACGGUCAACCGUGUGCCAGAUCAUUGACUUGCAAGAGCCACUCCAUGGGAGCCAAGCGUGCUGUCGCUGGCCGAUCGCUUCCCUACGACAUGCUCCUGGCGGCGUAUCAGAAGAAAAACCAAGCAAAGCAGCAGAAGGCUGCCCUGGAUGCGAACGCUCCGGUGGAGGACGAAGACGAUGCCAACAAUGGGCCUGUCGACUCGGAUGAAGAAACCGGUGCGGUAAUGGGUGCGCUGAGCCAAUGGAACCCGCAACCGCUCAUCCCACAGCCUGUAUUCUCGCCCAUCAAGCGCCAGUAUCAGUUGGCCCGACUGCACGAACAGUUGCAAAUGGCCACCAAUGGUGGCCGCGCCAAUAUUUUCCAAGUCGUCGGCUAUGGAGCCCAGAGACUUCCGGAUGGCCAUCCGGGCUUAACAGGGGGCGAAGACGCGCCGGGAGAAGAUGUCGGAAAUUUGACUUUCCCUGGGACUGCGCGAUCGGCAAGUUUCGGCAUCAACCCUGCGCCGCAACGGACCCUUUCCGUGACGAGCCAUGGAUAA